AUGGCACAGGGAGGAUCGCAUGCAUCCACAUCAAGAGGAGGACGGAACCCGACACUACGGUUGCUUGCUGGGUCGAUGGCGUUGGCGACAUUGGCAUACGGGUCGUACAAGUACCUCACGUCGGCGGCGGCGGUGACGGGGCAGAAGCAGGAGCAGAGGGCUGGUGGCAGUGCUAGUGCUCUGGAGACCGACGAAACGGCGUGUCUUAGCAGCAACCGGUUGAGACCCAAGCAACGGACCGACGUAUCGAUCUCGCUAGUGGUGUCGAAGUCGGUGCUGCGGCAGAUGGAGCAGUACAACACAGAGCAUGAGGACGGCGUGGAUUUGCAGAACUACCUUCGCCUAUACCCACGCAUGGUGGUGGUACUCUACCCGGGGCUGACGCCUGCCGACGUGGAAUGCUACUUCGAACUUGACGACGACGUGCGCCAUCGAGUCCUCGAAACGGGAAAGGAGGAGAGCGUCUUCCACGUGCUCAAGCAGGUGGGCUCAGAUAUCACCCUGCUCUGCUUCGACGACUUCGCCAUAGAUCGGGCGACUAUUGAUAAGCGGUUCCGGCUGGACAACGUGCUUCGGAAUGUUGUUUCUCUCGACAGGGCGUUUUUUAUAGACUAUAUAUGA